UUUGUUGUUCCUACAAGAUUUGAUUUGGGCGCGAAGUCGGUGGAACUUUAUAUAGAAAAGGAAGCUGUUAUUGUGGUUUUGUAGUGUUUUGUGUAUUUGUUUUUAAUGCACUCGGAUAAAUAUGAGUAAGGAUGACUGGAUCAAGAAAUUAGAAGCCAAACGUGGAAGAGAUUCAUUGACUUGCAUCUUCUGUCACUCGGAUGUGGAAGAAGAUUGUCAGUAUGGGAAGCUGUACUGCAGAGGAAAAAUCACUGUGCAUUACUUUUGCUUACUUCUGGCUACCAAGUUGGAUCAAAAGGGAAAUGAUCGAGAAGGAAUUCUUGGUUUUCUGCUUAAAGACAUUGAAAAACAGAUCAACGCAGCAAGAAAUGUGCGUUGCUGCUAUUGCAACAGAGGUGGUGCAACUGUGUAUUGCUGUGGAAACACUUGUAAAAAGGUUUUCCAUCUGCCUUGUGGACUUAAAGAACAAUCCUUCCAUGAGUUCUAUGGACGUUUUCGGUCAUUUUGUAGUACUCACAGGCGAACACAAGUGGUUGACAAAGCAACACUGAUUGAUGCUGCCAAAGUUCCUCAAAUUUGUACAAUUUGCUACGAAACUGUAAUUCCAAAGCCUUCGCCAGGUACCUUGUGGGCACCAUGUUGCAAGAAGAAUGCGUGGUUUCACAAGACAUGUGUUCAGAUGCUUGCAUUGAAUGCUGGAUACUUUUUUAAGUGCCCAUUGUGCAAUAAUAAAAGGAUGUUUCAUUCCAGUAUGAAGAAAAAUGGAAUAUUCAUACCUGAACAAGAUGCUUCCUGGGAGAGGGUCCCACAUGCUUUUGAUGAUAUGUACACAACUUACCAGCACUGCGAUGCGGUGGAAUGCCAUUGUAAGAAAGGACGCUCCUACUGUGAACGACGAACGGUGUUUGAAAUAAUUGUGUGCAAGUACUGUGGAUCACAAGGUGUACAUAAGAAAUGUGGAGAACUUAACAUAAGAGAUAAAGAGUGGGGAUGCCCACUUUGCACUAAUGCCCUGACAUCAGGACACUCGCGGUCCACCUCAACUGCAUCAAACGCAGCAAACUCAUGCUCGGAUUUCACUUUCAAUGUGCAGGAUUUCUUUUCAUCAAGUGUUUCAAGACGUUUCCUCCCACAAGUGAGACUUGAAAGAAAAUUGAAUGUGCCGCCAUCAGUUCGGAUCGGAGAGGCAAGCUUGAAAAUUUUGAAGGGAUCAUAUCAGUCACGUGAAAGAAGUAAUGAAAUUACUUGUCCUUCAAAACCUCAGGUGGUUCAGUGUGAUCAAAACUCCUUACAGUCCAAAAGUGAUUUAUCAGUUCCUGGAUGUCCUUUGUGGGAACAAGAAGCAGCACAGUCAUGUGCUCCAAAGAAGACAGAUAAUUGUAACAGAAAAUUGAUAGGUGGGUGUAAGGUAAAAGGAAAAUGUGGGAAGAAAACUAUUUCUUCUGACAGCCAGAGCGGCUCAGCCACUGGAACUAUCUGUUUAAAAAAGAAAAGUGAUGUCAGGGGUUUGAAACGUACACAAUGUGCUAAAAACCAGACAAGUCUGUCAACAUAUACAGAAACAUCAAUGAUGACUUGUCACUAUACACGAGGUGCUAAAAACAGGAGAAGUCUGUCAAAAUAUUCAGAAACAUCAACGAUGAUUUCUCACAAUAAUGUUAAUGAUUUGCCAUUCUCUGUUCAGAUAGAUAACAUGCGUCAGUCACCAUUCCGUAUAGACAGGCCAAUGUCUUUUUCUCCAGGUUCUGCAAACUUCUUUUCUCCAGGUUCUGCAAACUUCUUUUCUCCAGGUUCUGCAAACUUCUUUCCUCCAGGUACUGCAGACUUCUUUCCUCCAGGUGCUGCAGACUUCUUUCGUUCAGGUUCUGCAGACUUCUUUCGUUCAGGUUCUGCAGACUUCUUUCCUCCAGGUUGUGCAGACUUCUUUCGUUCAGGUUCUGCAAACUUACAGAAUUUUAGAACACAUGAUGUUGUACCUACAGAUGUGGCUUUGCCUGAAAGUAAAAAAGUUAAGAAAGACAAAAUGUGUAGCCCAAACACAUUUACACGAGAGUUAAAGGACCUGGGUGUUAGAAGAAAACAUGUUUAUUUGACUAGAGGAAUGAGUUUCACCAGGUCAGGCAAUUUCAUACCUACCUUAAUGCUGAAGAACAGAAUUUGAAGGGCACAAUUGUAUGAUGGUUACAAUAUUGAAAAAUGUGUCAUCUUGGUUUGGUGAAGAAAUCUGUAGGUGAUAGUUUGUGUGAAGUUUAUUUAAUUGACAAUAUAAUUUUAUUUAAUUGACAAUAUAAUUUUAUUUAAUUGACUAUAUAUAUAUAAUUUCAUGACAUUACUGAUUUCUACUUGUUAUCAUCCAUCUUGAGAUGAUAAUAAAUGAAGCAGUAUACUUAAAAACUUAGACUUGUCAAUUCCAUGGAAUUUAAAACUAAAAUGACAAAUACUGAAACUGUUAGUUGAUGUAAGAAAAGGACACUUGAUCAUGGCAUGCAUGAUAAAAGAUGUAACCAGUCCCCAGAUUAUGGCCAGACAAAAUGUUACUGUGCCAGUAGGAAAGAGGGGUGUCAAACAUCUAAUGACAGAUGUAAAUUUGAUUUUAAAGUCUGCAAAAAUUACAAUAACUAAGAGGACACUGUGUUCGCUAACUUUCCAUACAAGAAGGAAAAAAUCUGCAAGCAGUGGAAAAGGGCCAUGUUGCCAUACCAUGAUAUGUACCUGCAGGAUAAAGUUGAAGAUAAUGCUGCUUAAUUUAUUAAAGUAAGAUGAUGCCCAAUGACUGGUAGAAACUUGUAAUGUUAUGAAACUGUAAUGGCUGUGGCAGUGAAAUAGACUUUGUAUACAUUUUUGUUAAGUCAUGAAUGUUUCUACAGUGACAACAAAUCAGUUUAUAUUGUAGAAACAUUUUAUGGUUUGGCAAAUAUAUAUGUAUCCACUGCGUACAGAAAUUUUCUUCUUGUCUGGAUAGUUGACAAAAUCAGUCCCCUCUUUGCCUUCUCACAAUUUAUGCAUGUUGUUGCUUUGUCCUUUUAAAGUCGAGUUACGAGUGUCCAUAGUCUUGAAAUUCUCUCUCUCUCUCAUGUUGUUGGUUAUUAAUCCUAUGUAGGUGACCAUGCAUGAUCAGUAUGAUGUUAGUUUUAAACCCCAUGUAACUGUACAUGAUUACCAUGUAGUUAGUUAUAAAUCCCAUGUAGUUGACCACACACAACUUUCACACAUACAGGGUGUUUAAGCAGGCUGCUUCAUUUUUGUACUCUAAGAUAUGAGAUGAUUGGUUGAAACUAAUAAUGUUGUGUGUGUGUGUGUGUGUGUGUGUGUGUGUGUGUGUGUGUGUGUAAAGUUCCAAUAUUGCUCAUAUGAUACCAAUGACACGGGCUACAUCAGUAUCUCAGUAUGUGAACUGUAAAGUGUGUUAAAGUAUUCAUAAUUUUACAGGUUUAUUGUUUAAUUGACUUUACAGAUUGAUUGUUAGAUGAUUUCCAUUUCUUUUGAAUACUGUUUUAGUUUUCAGACCCAUACUACAUUUUUGUUUUAAAUGCACUUUCCCGUUUUUAUUGUAAAUGUGAUUUACCUCCUUGUUUGAAAUGUGUUUCAUUGUUUUGUUUGAAGCAUUUUUUUUUAAGUCAGGGAAUAUUUAUAUGUUGACAAUAAAUAUGGCGGCACAAGCCUUGGUAAUUUGUUACUCUUCCAAAUGUGUUCAUAAUUUAUUUCUUAGCUUUAAUGUUAACAUUUUGUGUUUUCAUAUCUUAUUGGUAAUUCAAAAACAAAAUUACCCACAAUUGUUCAAUAUUUUUAUUUUCAUAAAAUCAUAAUUGUCAAACAGUUGGUUGCACCACUUGAUGCCACGUCCUGUCAAAACAGUUGUAAUGUAUUUUUAAUAAUUAUACCUUUCAUGAAUGAGAUAUGUCUAUGUACAAGAAACACAAAAUAAAAUAAUUUAAAAAUUAA